CCGCAUCAGACUCCAGUUCUUCGGCACCUCAACGGUUACAAGCGUAGAUGUUUUUAGACGUCACGGUCGCUCGGUGGUGACGUAGCCGGAAAACGUGACUCUCCCGCUAAAACUACAAUGCGCAGCAUCAAACACGAGGUAACGCCGAAAAGGCAAACAUCAUUCCACUAUCUAACAGCAAUUAUUUUCAACAAUAUAGUGAGUAUUCCAUCUACAGACCCACGACGCGAUAACGACAGUACCUGCAACUGUAUUGUUUUACACUGUAUCACGUUUGAAUGUCAUAUUACGAUGAAAUAACAUACCGAGUAUAAGAUAACAUCAAGCAGUCAACGUAAUGAACUUUUAUGUGCAGUCCAGGUAUUCCGUCAACUUGUAUUGGCAUCUUAUGUCCACAGGGAGGCGGAAUUAAUCAGUGCAUACUCCAAAAUGGAAAGGGGGCGGGACAUAGCUGUCAAUCAAUUAGGUGGGGCACAGUGAGCGUCUCAUUUAUAGUUAGAAAUUAAUUAUUUAUACAGCGUGACACACAGUCCUGACAAGAUUUCCUGACAACUUCUGGCUUCAUCAAUUAAACAUUGCAAGAUGGACACCUAAGUUCAAUACGUGGAAUCGAUUAUAAUUUUAAAAUAAACCCUUACACACAAACACUCACAAUACACAGGCAUGUGGUCUUAAUUGGUUGAAGUGCUGUGUGAUUAGCCUUCUGCAACAGACGGGGAUUAAACUGGGAGUGUGUAAUUAUGAAUAAGCAUACGUCAGCACAUAAACACCCAUCAUCCGAGGCACAGCAGUGCAGAAUGGGGAUGCCCUCCUGCUAGGCCGCCCAUUAGCAGAAGCUGCAGCAGAAGCAACACAAGCAGGAAGAAGAAGAAGCCUGACUCGACGAGGACUGCCACGACGCGGAGCUCCCAAGCCGGCCGGCAGGGCAGCGCUUUACUCCCCCCCCCUUCUCCCUCACUCCCUCCUCCAGGACAGGACAGCAUCAAGAUGGCGGUGCAGGCAGCAGAAAAUGACGCGAUUAACGUGGAGGAUGACCAGCUCAACGACACGCUGGGGAACCCUGGCCUCAUCUCACCUGACAAGGAGGAUUUAGCACGUCUCCUGACCGUGCCCUUCAGCGGACGCAUCCGGGGUGGCAUGAGGCCCGGGAAGAAGAUCAUAGUGAUGGGCAUUGUGGACCUGGAGCCGGACAGCUUUGACGUGAGCUUGACCUGCGGACGGGACGUGGACAAGGAGGAGUCGGCAUACGACGUGGCCCUCAAGCUCACCGCUCGCUUCUCGGAUCGCCAGUUCCUGCGCAGUGCUCGCGUCGCAGGGAAAUGGACCGAGGAGGAGGCGUCCACCGCCUACUUUCCCUUCAUCCCCGAUCAGCCUUUUAGGGUGGAGAUCCACUGCGAACAUCAAAGGUUCCGAAUAUUCGUGGAUGGACACCAGCUCUUUGACUUUUACCACAAAGUAAAAUCUUUGACGUCCAUCGACACAGUGCGGAUAGACGGAGACCUACAGAUCACCAAGCUGGGCUAACUGCACACACCUGCGCUUUAAAGGUCACGUGUGUGUGUACGUGCGUGUGUUGUGUGCGUGUGUGUGUGUGUGGGUGCGCAGCAAGGACUCGAGCACAAACACAUUACGUGCACCACCAUUCACAACCCAUGGCUCCAAUGAGAAGUUUUUUUUUCUCUAUUAACCUUUUUUUUCUCAGGUUUUCUUUCCUCUGGCGUCACUUUUGUCAGAUUUCACAACAACUUUAGAAUUUUAGGGAAAUGUGUAUACAAACACUCUUAUGCUUAUGCAGCAUGCAGGAACAUCUAAAUGGACCUCCGACAGUUUAUUUGGUCUUUAUCUACUCUCACAAGGGCAGAAAUGUUUUUUAUAAAAGUAGUUGUUUUUAGCUUUUGGAUUUUAUUGCACUAAAAGAUGAGUCAAGCAUUCCAGCCUGUUUCCCUUCUGUGCUGAUGUCUUUCCCUCGCAUCCCUUCAGGGAUUUUCCCCUAGUUGUCACGGCAACACGCUGUCGUCUCAUCGACCUAAAUACCCAAAACUAAGAAUUAUUCCAUGUGGGCAUGUAGGAGGAAGACGCACACUAACAAGAAGUAAUUUUUUUUUUUUUAGUCACGUGUUUAAGAGAUGCAACUUCUCAUCACCUGGAGCGUCAUCGUUGGUGAUUUAACUUAUGUAGAUGAUUUUUAGGUACAAGAGCAAAAUGAUGAAUAUUUCUGAGGUGGCAAUGGUCAAGUAGGAACGUUUCAGUGGUGUUGGUGUGGUAAUUUGUGGCAGGAUCACAUUGAUGGUAUGUUUUGAAUGUUCAUGCUUCGGUGCUAAUGGAGACGGGUGACGCCGAUGCACGCCGUGAUUGCUAACUUAAAGGGGCCCUAUCCUACAUUUUCAUAUUUUCAGACUUAUGUAUACAUAUGUUACAAUUAUAUACUCUUGUUCUAAGUUAUGCAGAAGUGCCAUAUCAUGUAGUUGAUGUUUUAAAGUAUACUGUACGUUCUUUUUUAAGCCACUCCUCUGUGUUUGUAAAUGGUUGGUUGCGAGAACCUCAUGAGCUUUCCACGAGAUCAGACACAUCCUGUAGUGCCCCACUGGCAUCCCUUUUAAAAGCUCCUGAAAUGAGCAAGAUAGGGCCCCUUUAAUAUUAGUUUCAAGUAUGUUUAUGACCUCUUUGGAGCCAUUCCGCUUCACUAUUUGUCUGCUACUGGGCUUCUGCGUGUUUUUUCAUUGUUGAAGAAUCUGCAAAAUGCCCUGUUUACACCUAAUCCAGAUCGAGGCGAUAUCCUGGCUCAGAUUUCAGACUUUGAAGUGGUUCGUGGAUUGUGAAUAUAUUCUAAAUUGUCUGGUUAAAUAGCCUUUUUGUGUUAAUGUCUGCAGCUUCAGCUGUUGGUAGCGAUUUGAUUUAUUUCAAACAUGCAUACAAGGUUACAUUUGUGUACAUCACAUACUGUAUUUACAGUGUAAUAAUCCAACAUGUCCAAAAAAAGGUAGGAAGAAGCAACCCCAUCUCCGUUUCACAUCAUUACCCAAUACAUCAUUUAUCACUUUUUGUAAUUAGGACAUUGACAAACCAUGUGGAAGUUUAUUGGCUCUGUUGAUGUCAAGUUUAAAAAGGCUAAAAAGUUCUGAAGCUUCAAGUGCCAAAGUGGUUUUCCUCCAAUGCUGCUCAACGAAAGCAUUUUACUAAGUCGGUGUAUUAAGAAGAUGCAUUCACUUACAAGCAUUUACAAAGAGAUAACGUUCAGUGAGGGCUUUUUUUUUCCUUCUUCGCCUGCUUCUUGUAGUCACACGCCAAAGUUUUUUUCCCCCCACCCUUUGGAGGCAAACAGGAAACCAGCGUCCAGUGUGUUGCAUCAUUACUCCAGCAGAACAAAACGUGCUCUGUUGUAACGGUGCUGACUCUGGCCUGUUUUUUGGAUACACUGGGCUUUACUUGCUCUCCAUUUCCAGCUACAUUGUACUGUACUUGCCCAUAAUGACACGUUGCUGUGCACCAUUUUAAGAACCGUUUUCACUGGCAUUGAAAAGAAGGGUUGGGUGUAUAAAUAAUUGUAAAUGCAAGUUGGUUGGUGUGUGUGGCUUUGCGGUGAAAAUCAAAGUAUAAAUCUGGAUUUUUUUGCUCUUUGGAAGCUAGAAGUGGUGGUGUUUUUGUUACUGGUUCACAUUAAAAUGGCUAAAAGAUCUAACGAAUUAGUGUUUCUUAUACAAUUGGCCCAAUUAUUCAUUUAUUUGACUAUGAACUGGUGGAAAUGAUUCACUGACAGUUUCCACAUGAACUUGACCUUAUUUUUUGUCUUGUAUAAUUGUAAAAUCACCACAUGUACACUUUAACUGUCAAUCCAAACCCAUUCAGGUAAUAUAUUUCCAACUGCAGACCUUUUUAAGAGUGAAUAAAUGAAUGUUAUCCUCCUGAUUGUAAUUUGUUUAUAAACAGCCAGCAGUUGAAAUGUUGUUUUAGGCGAUAUUUCAUACCUUGUCUCUAUUAAAUAGGUGUCACCUUUUUUUGUUAGACUUCUGUAUGUGCUUUUGAACAAUAGAUCCCCUCUGUUUUGAAUUAGGAUGUGAGAAAAGCAUUUUGUGCAGCAAUUUGUUUUUGGGAUACCCGAAUGAUUGAAGAGUUGCACUCCAACAUGUCAUUAAAAUUUGUAGACUUCCUAGAAAGAGUUACGACUGUGCUGGAAAAAGAAGUUCCAACUGAUGAUGUGUCCUCUUGAGUAUUGUGUUGAUGUACGAUCUUGUUUUUAUUUAUUGCAGCAUAACCAGCAAGUGUGUAUGUGAGUAUGUGUGUGAUUUAACAUGUUAUAUUGGUAGCACACUCAUAACUUAAGUGUUUUAAAUGGCAAUGAAAGUGUUCUGGCAUAAGUAAGAAAAGCUGCAGUCUUCUUUGGUGUUUUUAACCACAUAACCAACUGAAGUAUCAUUUUUCACCUAAAAAAUAUCCUGAAACUGAUUUUAGACCCGUUUUGCAUCUCUUUCCUCGUCCCCCGCUCCUGCUUUUGUAAAAACUGCUCAUUUUGAAACCAAUAAACUAGUCUUCUUGGUACACGCCCU